AUGUUCGUAACUUCCAAAUGGAAGUUAUUAAUUAUUAUUUUCAUAGUCAUUAUAAAACAAUCACUUCAACACGAAGGUAAGCGUAUUCNUUGUUUUCCUAAUAUUAGAGUGAAAUCGAAAGAAAAAAACUGUUAUAAUGAAAUAAUGGAAAUAUUGACUCAGCAACGGUAUUGGUAAAAAUACAUUUUUUGUUUUAUUACCAUUUGUUAGAAAGUAAUCGUCCAGGGAUCAGACAUUUUCAAGAAUACAUUUUAGUGUUAUAUUUAAGCAAACGAGGAACAUAAACACUAUUUUCAAAAUACACUUUGACUCUCUUAUUAUUUGAAUUAUGCAAUUCUUUAAUAUAGUAUGUUCGUAAGAUCCUCCAUGGUUAAAAAAACGACCAAUCUUAACUAGUAAUAGGAGUUGAACUAUCACAGGCCUCAUGCCUCUUACUAACCCUUUUCAAUAUAUUCACCAACAAUAUGCCGGUUCAAGUCAACUUUAUGGUGUCUGUGUAAAUUAACUGAAACCCGAAUUAUACACUGUGUUACCCUCCAAAAGGUGAAUAUAAUGUAUAAUAAAUUUAACGUAAAACCACAACCAAAUUUAGGUCUAGGCUAUUUAGACUAAGGCCUAGUAUAGCCUAGGGAUGUUACGUUUUUAUGGAACGCCGUGGCUGGCAGAAAUUUUGAUUUAUUUCAGAUGUUAUUCCUAAGAAUUUAAACCCAUCUACUAGAAAAACAAAAAUUCUAUUUAGUUGUUAGAAAUAUUGUUGAACAUAAAUACUGAUCAUAAAUUAUUUUUAUUUUUGUAAAUAAGUUAUUCGCUGUUAUACAAUUAUAAAAAUAGCAAGGGCUGCCGAAUAGCCAAUAUCAUUUAAACAUUGGAUAAGUAAAUGGACGAUAACUUUACGAUAUAACAUAAAUGGUAAUAUUAUUACAUUUAUAAUAUUCUCAACAUGCUCCCUGUAGGAAAGGAUCAAAAUAAUCCCACAGUAUCUCUACUUGUUGUAAGGGACGACAAAUGUGGUUGCGUCAGGUCGACAGCCGAUGUAAAAUGCUGUCAAAAACAAUGUGGAGUUUUAAAUAUGGAUUUGACAGAUUGCCCUAUACUCCUAUCUCGAUGUGCACGGGUACAACAGGUGAGAGGAGGUAUCAUAGUACAUGGUGUUUUUCAGAUGAUAUACCUUUGAUAGGAGAAAAUCUGGAAUAAGUUCACAGUAGACUUGAUGAAUAAAGAGUAGAACUUAAAGGAAAGGGUCUAAAAAUAAGUAAAAGUAAAACAAAGUAUACGUUUUGAGGAACAGGACAAGACAGCUAAAGAUAAUAAGCAGUUAUAGGUGAUGUUAAGAGUUUUAAGUAAUUAAAAAUUAUUCGUAUAAAAGAACGGUGGGUUUUAUAUGCAUGUGAAACACAUAAUUAUGUGUGGUUGGAUAAAGUGGAGAGGAGCUAUUUGUUUAAUUUGAGUAAAGUAGAAUAAUUUUUUAAGAUGACUUUAAAAUAAUUUUAAAUUAAUCCAUUAUACAUUUUUAUGUAGACAUAUAAAACUUGGUAAAUUAUAAUUCGGGAGGGGGUUAUUUUCUAAGAAGUAGAGGCUUGUUUUUAUUAAACUAGGGACACCUUUUAGGUAAAUCCGGCCCUACGUAAGACAAUAAUUUUAUCAUUUUUACCCACAGAACCAGGUAUCUGCCAAGUAAGAUAUAUUUUAAUCCUGUCAAUCCUGUCAAUUUUGAACAUUUUUCAAUUCAUUAAUUAUUAAAUACAAAUUAUUAAAAAUGUUUGGGUUUUUUUUACAUCAACGAGGGAGAUCAUUAGUUUCUUAAUGACAAGAUAUUUUUUUCCAUAUAAUAUGUCCUUGAAACUAGUAUUCAUUUUUUCAAGAAUAUUAAAAAAAAAUAUCAUAUUAUAGUAAAAAAUUAAUAAAUUGUUCGAGUUUAGUUUCGUAAAAAAAGUUUCUACGGAUCUUCAUUUAUAAUCAUAUUUUGUAUUCAUGCAUAUAUUAGUUUUUACAUUCAAUGAUGUUUUUUAUAAAUCUAAUAAAAGAGUUUUAUUUCUAAAGUUAUCUCAUUUUCCUAAAAAUUGUAGACUUAUUAGUAUCGUAAAUAACUUGCUAUUAUUUUAUAAAUUUAUAAUGAAUAGGAUAUCAAUAGAUUUACCUUUUACAUUUUAAAAAACCAAAAUCUUACUUGUUUUGUUAUAUAAUAUAUUUGAAUAUAAUUUUUUUAAAACAUCAGGUAAAGCUUCUGAAUCACAACUACCAAUAGAACCCAAUGUCCAAGCACAUUUCGAAAAACGUAAGCAAUUUUAUUUAUUAAUAUUUUUUGUAAAAUCAAUUAAAAAGAGUUAAAACAAAAAAAAAAAUGUUGAAAAAUAAUUAAAUCUUCAAUUUAUGUUUGUUAGAAAUCCAAAAACUUACAAUACCAAAAUAAUAAUUGAUUCUAUAAUUAAUUUAUAAACCAAUAAGAGACAGCAAUAUAAUCUUAUAUUUCCAUUUUGUAUAUUUUUUUUAUGAUUCCAGGGGAAGUGCAUUCGAUUUCAGAUCUAAAUCACGAUGCAAAAGGUGACCAUUUAUCUACGAGUGAGUUUGCAUUUUUAGUGUGCAUUAUGAAUACACCUAAUAUAAUAAAACGUCGACAACGAUAAUAUUUUAUACGCAAGACAAUAAUAUGCUUAAAAAAUGUAUUUGGUACAAAUUCACAAUCCUAUUUAUCAGUUAUUACUUAUUAUUUUAAUGGAACUAUUCAAGGUGAUAAAUAAAACGUAAAAAACUUAAAACUCAUAACCAAUAUUAAUGUUACCCAAAGAACCCAUGGUACUUAUUCAGACACAUUCGUUUCUCGCUAAAACCAAUAGUUUUGAAUAUUUAUAAACGUAUAGAUUUUAAAAUGUAAUUUUUAAAGGAUUAAAGAGAUAAAAUAUAAUCAUAAUACAUAUAUACAUUUUCCUAAAAUGAAAAUUAAGCUAGACUUAGUCUGCGUAAGCAUUGAUUUUGCAUGUUGCUUUGCAGUUAGAUUGAGACAGUAAAUGCGGAUGUGGCGUCUGUGUAAAAAGAGUUUUAUUCUGUUUAUCGAAAAUUUAAGCAUUCUGUGUAUACUAAAUGAGUGUACAGCAAAUAAUGCUGGAGAAAACAAAUUUAAAUUUCUAGGUUGGACAAGUGACUUGUCUUGCCCUCUCCUUCCUGGGGACGUCCAUGACAAUUUUAAUAUAUAUUUUGUAAAACAUCAGCUGAAAAUACUGGACCAGCUGAAUCCAAGAUUUUGGAAACCCAUGAAAGUAGUAAAUAAUUAUUCAAAAUUAUGAUCAUUAAUAGAAUCAAAUAAAAUACAAAAGCAAAAGAGGAUAACUACCCCAGAACGACCAUCUGGUUCUGCAAUAUUUGUAAAUCAUUUUAAUUUUGGGUACCAAAAUUAUGAUUUAAAUUUUUUAUGGUAAUCAUGAGUUUAUACACUUAACUAAGAUGAGCGAGCACUGUACAAUAUUCUUACUUAGUCAAAAACAAAUUUAUACAAAUCAUUAAUUUGAUAUCACGUUGUAUGUCUAACAAAACGUUUGACAUAUGGAAUUUCACUUUAAUGUUUUAGACAUUCUAUAUUUAGUAUUAUAAGACUAAAGUUUUUCUGCUUUCCAGAGGCAGUAAUUUCGAUAACAGACUUUGAUGUCAAGCUUAUACUGGAUUAUAUCAUGACAAGUGAGUAUGUCUUUUUGGUGUGUAAAAUAGUGUUAUGUAAACAAAUAUUUUAUUAAAACAUUAAACUAUUUAGAUAUUGUCUUAAUUUUUGAGUGCAUUAAAAUAUAGAAAUUAUAAAAAGUAAAGAGAUAUUUUUUUUUUUUUUUUGGCAUAACCCUUAAAUUAUUUGUCCCGUAUUUUUUUUUUUUUUGUUCUUUUUUUUUAUAUGGUCACCCUAAUUUAGACUAUUAAGCAUUAUUAGUAUAAUAUUAUUAAGCGACUACCUAACCUAAAAUAUUAAAUGAAACACUGCAAUGACGAAAAUAGUUAUUUACAUCAUAAUAAAAAUAAAACAACAAUACUAGUACAUAAUAGGUACAAGAAUGGUACUCUAAAUAGUCUAAACUAUAGUCUAUCGUAAAAAAAAAAAAAAAAUAAAUACAAUAUAUUAGUUUAAAAUAGGCAUAAAAUAAAACAUUAAUCAACAAAAUGUAAGGGAAUUAUUAAGCAAAAAAAAAAAAAAAAUGUUUUUAUACACCUGUAUAAAAUAAUAAAUUCUACAAAGCUGUAUACCAUAUAUAAAACAAUUAUUUAUAUGUAUGUUAGACAUGUUCACAUCACUACAGUUAUACUUAUAUAAAACUCAGUUUAAAUAAAUAAAUAAUAUUAGCUGUCCCUAGCGUUACUAAUGCUAAACAAAUAUGUAACAAUAACGUUUUCCUCUGGAAUCCCUGUUUUAAUACCCCGUCACUUUCAUUGUAGUUAACCGUUUUCGUCAUUAAGUUUUUAAGAAAGUAUUUUCUCUAAUUUUUUUUCAAACUUAUAUGAAUUAGUUAUAUUAUUAUAUGGUUGCUAGUCAUUUAAAAAUACCUAUACAUUUUUAACGGCCAAAACUACUGCAGGUUUAGUCUUCUACUUCUACUGCUCAAAUUAAGGAUUUCAAUGAUUUUAAGUCUUCUCGAUAUACACUAUCCUUUAAAAAAAACUGCCUGACGAUUAGGAUGAGUAGUUUUUGAGAUUAUCCCGGACAUAUAAACGGCAAUUUGUUUUAUAAUCUGAACGGAGCGAGGAAUGUUUUAUAUUGAUUGGUUUUACAUUGAUGUUUUUUUUUUUCUGUUGAAAACUUUUCUACCAGUAAUUUUGCUCCAAUUUACAUUAACAACACUUUUUCUGAAAAGGAAAUCUGACUAGAGUGGUACUUACGGAAAUUGUUUUUUUUUUAUUUUCCCAGCUGUUUUAAUAAUAAAUGGGAAAAAUCAUAGGAAAAACCGGAAAAUAGAUACAAUAUUAAACGAAUAUUAUUAAAGAAAUAAAUAUAAUUGAAAUUUUGACGGAAAACAAAUAUUUAUCUUUUCUAGACAUGUUAAAAUUUUCAAAACAUUGUAACCAUGUUUGAGCUAUUUAUAGACAUUUUAAUUUUAAGAGUUGUUUACGUAAUUUAUAUUCUGUAAGUUCUUCAUGGGUGAAAUUGUUAGACUAAAUAGAAAUGAUUAAAAAUACAAUAGGAGGUUUACUAUAAGUCGUACUUAGUGGUUAAAAAAAAAAAAAUUGAAUACUAUGUAGUUUUUUUUUUUUAAAUAAUUUUAAUAUCAAAUUUUGACGAAAGUCGUAAAUAUUACAGCCUGUCAAAACAUGUAUUACCAAACUCAGCUCAGAGUAGUUUUUGGUUACCAACAAUUAAUUGUUGCAUACAGAUAAGUUCCCAUUUCUAGAUUUUACCUUCUCAACUUUUCACCUACAACAGUGGUACACCUAUUGUGUGAAGUAUAUCCGUAUUUUUAAUAAAUAGUCAUAUAGAUUUGUUAAAAAUUUAUUAUUAAAUAUAAUUUAAAGUUGUCAAUAAUAAUUACAACAAAAACAGUAAUUAUUUGUUUAUACUUAUUGUUCCGCAGGUCAUGAUGCUAUGAUUCAAGCGGAUAUAGAAAAAGGCAAUCAUGUCAAUGAACAGGUUAAUGAUGUGCUAAAAACAGGUAAUUCGUCUACAAUAAAUUAUGAGAAUACGACCUUUCAAGACCUCAUAAACAAAUGGAAAAAGACAAACAAAAAACUUAAACUACAUUUUAAAUCAACUGAUGCAUUUAUGUCAGCUAUACCAACCAUGAAAUCGAUUUUUGAAGUACGUAUUUUUUAAAAAGAUCCAUAAAUAAGUUAAUUAUAAUUUAAUUUUAAUUCAACCAAAAACAUUUAUAUAUAAGUAUAACAAAUAGUUAAUGAAAUAAAACUAAACAUAUUUAUUUUUAUUUUAUUUAAUUUUUUUAUUUUGAUAAUUAAACAUCUUGAUGCAUUUGGUUACAUGAGGUACGAAAGCAUAUUUAAGAUUAAACAUUAUUAUAUAUGAUAAUGAGGUCUAGGACUAAGUAUAGUUAAGAGGGUGUUAGGGGCAUCAAAUUUAUCAUUUACGAGUUUGACAUUAACACGCUAGAAGCAUGUGAGGGAAUAUUGAAGAUAGAGACACUAUCACUCAAACAUAAUCGUGACUCGUGAAAUGGGUACUCUAUUAUAAUUAAUAGGCUGUGAAAGAAAAAAAAUGAUUUUGAACUUUUUUAAUAUACAGCUGUAAGCCAAGCAAGGAUGCCAAAUCGUUACACCAUACUUUAGGAUUAACUUUACUGAGCUCAUGUAGAGUGCACUAAGGUAGGUAGAAAAGGUAAAAAGAGAAGUAUUACGCUUUAUGAACUAGAGGAUCUUAAGAGUAAUAUUAAUAUAAUACUCAAAAGACAGAGCGGAAGAAAAAUAAAAAUCAAGGUCUUUAAUAAUAUCAACAUGCAAAAAAGUGGAACUAGAUGAGCAGAUCUGCCGAAAGAACUUUGAAAGUUUACCCGAAGUUUAUUAAUUACAGCAACUGCGUGCAGGAGAAGUCGUUUCAUUAGUAUCACUUGAUGAUCAAUACUAUAAACAAUUAAACUUAUUAUGUAAAUUAAUUUUGUUUCUCCAUUUAGACAUUUGACAAAGAGUUUCAACCCUGGCUAUGUGGUGACAUCUUAGUUGGUCCCGGUCCUGGCGAUAGUCCCAGUAUAGACGCACACACGUUUAUCAAAAAUGCGAAAGAAAAGUUUCCCGAUUCGAUGUUAUCGUUAGGCUGGACCACUAAGAAGCGCACCAGUAAUGACGAAAACAACGAAACAAACGGUUAGUGUCACUAUUGGAUCACUAUAAUGCGUUCGGCACGUCUGAUACCCUGCACUAACUUCAUUUUUGGAUUUCGGGUUUUCCAAUACGUCUAUCAUUUAGUUCGCCAUUUAUUUGAAUUUAUUUCAGUUUCUUACGCCAUUUUUAACCAGUACUUAUAAAGUUAUAACCUAGGUAACUCUCUUAUCAUUAGCAUAAAUGAAAAUUGCUUGUUGGUAUAAGUUAGUUAAAAAUUAUAAAUAAUAAAUAAGGUCUGAUGAAAUGAUCUACCGAUAACACUAAAUUAAAAAUAAUCUAUGACAUUAUUUGUAAUACUCAAUACUGGGUCCAGACACGCAGACAUAAUUAAGACAAAACAAAAACAAAAAUGUUGGUACUGCUGAUAGGUAUGCCACUGUUUUAGUAGGAUAGUUGGGAAGGUAGGAUUCAUAGUUAUUUAAUUUAUAUUGGUACGCAACUAUAAAUCAUUGCUAACGAUAAGCGAUUCUCAAUAGAGCUCAGUUUAGUAAUUCAUAAAACAAAUUGUGAAAAAACAUGUUGUAGUAUUAAUUUAUUUAUUAUAUCAGGUAUAACUUGUAUGAAUUGUAACAGGUACUACUGUUUUAUUAUAACGGUACGCCUAAAUUACUCCUUUUAUAAUACUGUUUAUUAAACUACUUUUUUAGGUACACUUAAUUUUUACGUUUUCACCUGGUACAUUUCAUAAAAAGAUUAAUAGCAUCACCGUAAAUUAAUGUACUCGUCUGAACGCAACUUUAGUUGAUUUAAUCGAAUGUAGAAAAGUCGUUCGGUUUCAAUUUUCGCAAACAUAUCGACAAUUUAUUAAUGGUGCCAUUAUUGUAGACAUUUUAAAAUUCUAGUUAUUAAUGUUCGCACUAAUUCAUGGUAUUGAAUUUUUUAUUAGUUUCCUCAUCUGUUUCAUUUCUUAAUUUGAUAAAUUUAUAAUAUUUGAAGUUUAAUAUUGUGUUUUUCAAAAUAGGUAUUGUGAAUAAAAAAAAAAUAUCUACACAUGGGCCUAUAACGUAAUUUUCAGAGGAGGGACAGAACUCAAAUAAAAAUAAUGUAAAUAAUGGUAUUAAAUUAAUUUGUUAACAUUUAUAAUGGAAUCUAAAAUAAAUGGUAAUAAUACUUUCAUAAAAGAACUUCACUAAACUAUUAUUACGAGUAUUAUUGCCACCUACUUAUUAUUACAUUUAGAAUAUCUUGAAUUACAUAUUAUAUUGAUUACAUUUUUAAGAUUCAGUGCAAAUUGCUUAUUUUAAUGGUUCUACAAUACCUAUACCUCCCCUCAAAGUCCGAAAAUGAGUGGGAAAGUUCAGCGUUACGUGUAACGUAUGUAUAUCAAUUGAAGGUUUUUAUAUUUUUCAGACAAAUAUACAAUGGAAAAUGUGAAAGAAAUGAUACAAGUAUUAGACGACGUAAAAUAUACGAAAGUGGUGAAUUACGUAGUUCGUGCGUCAUAUGCGGCUAAUUCAUUAGACGAACUAUUAUAUCUAUUAGAUCACGACUAUUCGAGUACGGAUAACUCGACUCUGACCAUUGUGUACAAUGAUCAAAACGACAUUAUCAACUAUCCGAAAUUGGUAGAGGUGAUAAGGGACAUCGGGUUAACCCGAGUUUAUUUGGACGUACCAAACAAUGUAUCUGUAAAGCUUUUUGACCAUUUUUACAGAACUAAUAAUGAGAAGAAGAUCAGUUCCGUCAUUAUUGGAGCAGAACGAGCAGGUUCAGAUUGGGAUUUUGGAAAGACCGAUUGGAAAAUGUUUAAUAUGUAG